AUGCCAUUCUACCCCUUCGGCCCCUUCUCUCUCCAAUGGCGCGCCCCGACCCCAAAUCCACCAAUCCCAAACACACCCCUUCCCCCAAACGUCAAGAGAAUCUACAUUCAAACCCCCUCAGGCCCAUUGGAGCUGCUCCAAGCACUACCUCCAUCACCGACAGGCUCCCAGUCAGAUAAGGAUGAUGUAAACCCACUCCCACCGCUCUUCUUUGCCCACGGCGGUUUUGGCAGCGCCGCAAUUUGGCUACCCUACUUGCAAGCUUUCGCAGCCCGCGGAUACCGCUGCUACGCUGCGAGUUAUCGCGGUCAUGGUGCGAGCUGGUACCCCGGGUUCUGGCGCAUGUAUUGCACAGGUAGGGCAAGUAUUGCGGGGGAUUUGAGGGAUGCGGUGAAGUUCGUUGAAGGGUUGGAGGCGGAGCAACGGGGCAAGCAAGGGGGGGUGGAAGUCGUGUUGAUAUCGCAUUCGGCUGGGGCGGCAUUGAGCCAGUAUCUGCUGAGCAAAGGCGAGAUCAAAGUGAGGGCAUUCUGUGUUUUUGCAGGUGUUCCAGGGUUCGGAUCGUAUGUCCCUCUCUCCUUCUCUUUUGCUGUCCUUCCUUAUCGACGGUGUCCUGAUAUAUGCACACUCACUCCCAGUUGGCUCUAUCAACACUGGGCUCCCACAUUUCUAUUCCACUUCAUUUAUCGCUUCUUUCACCCCCGCUACAUCCUCGCCACUCCUGCCCAAAUCCGUUCCGCAUUCUUCACCCCCUCAACCACAUCAGCAACAGUCUCCAACUUUUCUCCCCUUCUCAGCCCGUACGAGUCUAUGCUGUGGCCGAUGCAGAGCCUAUUCAAAUUUGUGACGGGGGAAGAUGUGUUGAGCUCAAUCACUGGAUUCUGGAGUGGUGGGAAGACGAGGGAGAAAGUGAAACCAUGUCUGUUAAUUCUAGCUGCUGAGUAUGAUGUCUUGUGCAGACCGGAUAUCUUGAGAAAUGCGGCUGCAUUAUAUCGCGCUGCGUUUGCGAGAAUGAUAGAGAGUGAGAGGGUCGAGGGGAGGGGAGAGAUGGCGGGGUCUGCGGUGGAGUUUGAAGUUGUGCAGGGUGUGGCACAUCAUUUGCAAAACCAUGAUGACGGCGAGUGGCAAAAAGGAGUCGAGGUUUUGGAGAAGUGGUUAGGGAGGCUCGGGGCGGAUUGA